GCGCAGGCUAAAAACAGUAUAAAAGGCGCCGCUGGCCAAAGGGUGGUUCUGAGCCAAGAGCAGCUUCUCUAAGUCUCCUGGCGGUCUCUGUUGAAGGCAAGGUCACAUCUAAGCUUUCAACAGGGGGUCUCCCUUGAUUCCAAGACGGCUGUCCUGAUCUAUUGGUGAAGGCUUGCCUGACUGGCUGGAAACGGUCAUAGGAGCUGACCCACACCCUUCAGAGAAAGUGUCAACGAGAGCUGAAGCACUAAGAAGAUGUCUCCAGUGGCCUACGUCAGUCUUGGUCUCUUGGGCUGCCUCCUGGCUGGACCUUGUUUGGAAGGUGUCCAGGCUGCCAGCUGCCCUGUCAACUGGCUGGACUACAACGGGCACUGCUACGGCUACUUCUCCCAGGAGGUGAACUGGAACAGGGCAGAGGCCCUGUGCCAGCGCAGCGGGGGCCACCUCGCCUCCAUUCUGGAUAGAAACGAGCACCAGGCCAUCGCCGACUUCCUGCGACAGGCCCAGGGGUGGGAUGAUGAGGACGUCUGGAUCGGACUCUCCAUUCCUGCCCAGGUGAGUGAGGGCAGCCUGCGCCCCGGCCCCGCUGGGGCUGCCCCUUUCUGGCGCGCGCCCCUCUGCCUUCCUCUUCCAGGGUUCAUGCUGUGGGAUGAGGACUCCUGCUAUGACCGGAACCCCUACCUCUGCAAGAUGUAGGCAAGACGCUCUCGGCGGAUGGACAGUAUUCAUCCGGUGCUCCAGUGCAGACGGUGCCCUCCUCGUCCUGGACGGGUGCCUGGAGGCUCCGCACCUGAGAUUUACGGCUUGCACACCUCAGGCAAACCUCUCUGCUCUUCCUUCUCACUUGGCACUGCACACCCAGUCUCGUGGUAUCCAAAAUAAACAGCUUUAAGCACAAAGAAA